AUGUACCCGCUGAAGGGCAUCUCGUUCCUGGCGAACCACCCCUCCCAGUUGUGGGGCGCCGUGCUGUUGCCCAUCGUCGUCAGCAUAGCCAUCGGCGUGGGCGCCUUCGUGGUCCUCAUGGCCGGCGGCCUCUACCCGCAGGCCCUCUUCUUCCUGACCUACACCUCUCUGCCGCCAUGGGCGGCAUGGAUCUUGUCGCUGGUGUUGGUGUUCCUGGAGACGGUGCUGCUGUCGUUCAUCCUCGCCCAGCUCUUCCUCGACCACGCCCGCACUCGGCUCUACGCCAAGGUGUUUGAGCUGAACGGUCUUCAAUUCUCCAGCCUGGACAGGGUCAUACAGGGCACUGGCAACGCAUACUUCCAAUGGGUGUCGCAGAGGGCCAUCUUCCUCUUCCUCUUCUUCCAGAUGGUGGCCACCCUGCCCAUCAAUCUCGUGCCCGUCGCUGGAACCAUUUGUUACGCCGGCCUGAACGGCGUGUCGUUUGCGUGGGCGCUCCAGGGGGUGUACUUCGAGCGCAAGGGCCUCUCCUUCCUGCAGCAGUGGAAAUUCGUGAAGACCCACCUCAAUGACUACCUCAGCUUUGGCGCGGUUGCGGUGUUGCUCGACAGCAUUCCCGUGUUCAAUAUUCUCUUCUUCUACACGAACAUCAUCGGCUCAGCUCUGUGGGCGAUCGAUAUGGAGAAGGCGCAGACGCUGGAGAACAGCUUCCUCUUGCCCGCCAACGCUUUGAUUGACGACGUGGGCAUCAUCGACACCGAAGAGCUCCACUGA